AUGGACGCCAAGGAGAUUGAACUGAAGUCUAAGGCUUUGAAUAAAGCUUCUGCUUCCGGUGAACCCAGCGCCACUAUAAUUUCGCUGUUAAAGGAGCUCCAAAAAGGAAUUCAGCCCACCGAAGACCUUCUACGCUCUACCAAAAUUGGUAUCAUCGUCAACAGGCUUAAACAACAUAAGGCACCAGAAGUUGCGAGGCUUUCCAGCGAGAUAGUUUCCAAAUGGCGCGCCGAAGUCAACAAACAGAAGAAAAUCGCGUCACCGGGAUCAAGCGAUUCUCCCAAACCCACUCCAAACGGCAACUCUACUGUGGCUUCUGCGGCCGACGACAAGACACAGAAAUCAAACGUGCCACCGGAUAAGCGUAGCUGGAAGACUGACCAGGUCAAUACUGCGGUUACUGGCGUCAAAGCACGCGACAGCUGCAUCGGCCUGAUGUACGAUGGCCUGUGCCUCGGUUCUACCGAAACCCCACGCGCCGUCUUGCAGAAGGCAACUGAGGUCGAAGCUGCAGCAUUCAACACCUACGGUCCCGAAACCAAAGAAUCAUACCGCACGAAGAUUCGCAGUUUAUACCAGAAUCUGAAACAGAAGUCGAAUCUCAGCCUCAGAACCCGCGUCCUCACCGGUGAAGUGACACCCGAUCGAUUCGUUUCCAUGACCCACGAGGAGCUCAAAUCUGAUGAGCGGAGAGAAGAGGAUCGCAAGAUCCAAAAGGAGAACAUGGACAAGGCAAUGGUCGGGCAACCUGAGCGAAGCAUCAGUAAGAGCUUACAGUGUGGUAAAUGUGGACAGAGGAAAGUCACAUACACCGAGGCCCAGACACGCAGUGCUGAUGAACCGAUGACCCUUUUCUGCACCUGUCUCGCUUGCGGAAAGUCAUGGCGUCAAUAA